UAGCUUCUCCGCCAGAAGUUCUCCCUACCUGGGCGCCGUCUCGGCAGCCCGGGGGGCUCAGCGCCAGUCUGCGGAACGCUGGCACUGCCCGAGUGACAGCGCGGGAGCAUGGCCUUGCACCUGGGCAGGCUGAGCGCGGGCUCCUGCUGGCGUGCGGCGCGGGGCUGCUGCGGAGAGCUGCGCGCUUGGUCCCCGCGCUGCGCGGCCGGACGCAUCUGCCGGCCCCCUGGCACGGCUGGCGCCGGGCGGUGCCGCGGGCUGGGGCACAGCGCGACGGAGGGAGGUGGCCCCCGGCUGGGGACCGGUCUGACCGCGGCGCUGGCGGGGCUGGCGGGGCUGGCCGCCGCCGCCUUCGGGCACGUGGAGCGGGCGGGGAUGGUGCCUAAGAGCUCGGGGGCGCGAAGCCGCUCGCCGGGGAGGUCGGAGGAGGAGGACGCGUUGGCCCGCCGCUGCAGCUGCUUCAUGGCCAUGCCUGUGACGGACCUGCGCGAACUGCGGCGGAGGCCGGGCGACAUGAAGACCAAGAUGGAGUUGCUGAUUCUGGAGACCCAGGCCCAGGUGUGCCAGGCGCUGGCACAGGUAGACGGGGGCGCCCGCUUCUCUGUGGACCGGUGGGAGAGGAAGGAAGGCGGUGGUGGUAUCAGCUGUGUACUUCAAGACGGUCAUGUUUUUGAAAAGGCUGGGGUGAGCAUUUCUGUUGUCCAUGGAAAUCUUUCUGAGGAAGCAGCAAAACAAAUGAGAAGCAGGGGGAAAAUUCUGAAGACUAAAGAUGGUAAAUUGCCCUUUUCUGCUAUGGGUGUGAGUUCUGUUAUCCACCCCAAAAAUCCUCAUGCUCCUACUAUCCAUUUCAACUACAGAUACUUUGAAGUAGAAGAAGCUGAUGGUGACAAGCAUUGGUGGUUUGGUGGUGGCUGUGAUCUCACUCCAACUUACUUGAACCAGGAGGAUGCGGUCCAUUUUCACAGAACUCUCAAGGAGGCUUGUGAUCAACAUGGUCCAGAUCUCUACCCCAAAUUUAAAAAAUGGUGUGACGAUUACUUUUUUAUAGCCCAUCGUGGGGAGCGGCGGGGCAUUGGGGGUAUCUUUUUUGAUGACCUUGACUCUCCAUCCAAGGAGGAGGUGUUUCGUUUUGUGCAGAGCUGUGCCCAGGCUGUGGUUCCCUCCUAUAUCCCCCUUGUGCAAAAGCACUGUGACGAUUCGUUCACCCCGCAGGAGAAGCUGUGGCAGCAGCUCCGGAGAGGACGGUAUGUAGAAUUUAACCUGCUGUACGAUCGGGGUACAAAGUUUGGCCUCUUCACUCCAGGAUCCAGGAUUGAAAGCAUCUUGAUGUCUUUACCUCUAACUGCUCGAUGGGAGUACAUGCAUUCACCUCCAGAGAACUCCAAAGAAGCUGAGAUUCUGGAAGUUCUCCGUCAUCCAAGGGACUGGGUACAUUGAUGCAGGCAGCCCAGCCUUCCUGGUGCUUGGGGGACAGGGAAGGUGUGCCCGCAUUCCACUGGCCGGCACCAUUGCCACUGUGUGGCAGUUAGUUACCUGUGUCUUAGAGCUCUAGUCUUCUCCACUCUGUGGUUGGCCUCCUUGGCCGGUGGCAUAAUGCGUUUUAAGUUGGAACACAAGUUUCUGUUGGAUGCUGUUGGUGAUGGGUGACAGGUAUCAGUGACAGGUGAUGAAAUGGCAGCUAAUCAGAGUCAACUGGUUGAUAAAAAACUCAUUCGUACUUUUAGAACCAAUUUAUAUCACUAGUUUACAAAAUACGACAUUGAGUUUCCAAGAAUUGGCUUAAAGGAAUCUAAAUGUUAUCAGGAAAUCUAUUAUGUUAUUUUCAUUUCAUCUGUUUUUUAAAGUUUUUGUUCGCCACAAAAAUGUAUCUUGGGAUAAAUUUUAUUUUCAUUACUUAAUUGGGGCUGAGACUUACUAAUAAUUUUAGAAAGCAGAGAAAUGGAAAUAAAUGUUUUAGUUUGUCAUAACUGCAUUUUUUUUAUCCUCAUCUUCAUCUUCAUUUAGAGAUCAUAAUAUUGGAAAAUUGUCAUUUUUAUAAUGGUAGUUAUUUAGGAACACUUGAAAUUCUUUUAAUCUCUGCAUGUGUUACAAUUCAAUGAUUACCUGUAAUUGUUAACUCUAAAGUGACAUCACUGUUAAACUUAAAUAAAGGAUAUCUAAGUUGUA